AUGUAUAAUACACUUCAAGACAAUCCUUUUGAUUCCAUCACUUUUGGAAAGAAUUUAUCAUUGAGGGUAGAUGGAGGAGUCAACGCAGUUUCAAUCAAUCCUUCUGGAAGGGAUGUUGUUUUAGCCAGCAAGCAAGGUUUAUAUAUCGUAGAUCUAGAUGAUCCAUUUCAACCACCAAGAUUGUUGCAUCAUCUUACUUCGUGGCAGGUUUCUGAUGUUCAAUGGUCUCCACAUAAAUCAAAGCCAUAUUGGGUUGUUUCUACGUCGAAUCAAAAGGCAAUGGUUUGGAAUUUAGCAAGAAGUUCGGCAGAUGCUAUUGAACAUGUUUUACACGGUCACUCAAGGGCAAUUACAGAUAUUAACUUUCACCCGGAUCAUCCUGAACUUUUAGCUACUUGUUCCAUAGACACGUUUGUACUGGCUUGGGACAUGCGAAGUCCUACCAGACCAUAUUAUAAAACAGCUGAUUGGAGGGCUGGUGCUUCUCAAGUGAAAUGGAACUUCAAAAAUUCAAAUAUAUUAGCAUCGUCUCACGCAGAUUAUGUGUGUAUAUGGGACUUGCGUAAAGGUUGCACUCCCUUAGUUAAAUUACAAGGUCAUACGAGUGGCGUUAAUAAUAUCGACUUUAAUAGGUUUAAUGAAACACAAAUAAUGUCUAGCUCGAAUGAUUGCACUGUCAGAUACUGGAAUUACAGUAAAGAUACUAAAAAUCCCAUAAAAACGGUCAACACAGAAUUUCCUGUUUGGCGUGGACGUUAUUUACCCUUUGGCCAAGGAUCCUGUAUAAUACCCAUGAUUGGUGGCAAUAAUAGUGUGUAUUUGAUGAAUAAUGAUUGUUUUAAUAAUGAAGAAAGUACCGUCAAGUUGCAACAAAUAUAUUCAUUUAAGGGUCACACAGAUAGAGUGACAGACUUUUUAUGGAGAUCAAGGCAUUCGCCUGAUACAUUUGUGGACGAUAGGAUGUUUCAAUUAAUAACAUGGUCUAAAGAUUCGGAUUUGAGAUUAUGGUCUGUACCCGAAUCUGUUUAUGAAAAGGUAUCAUUCACCAGAAAGGAAAGACUGGAUCAUAAGUUGAUAGAUUUCCCUUAUCAAACGUAUAGAAAAGAGCCAUUAAAAACCAGGGAUAAUGAUAAAGAUAACUGGUUUAAAACCCCCAGGGAAUUAUUUGUUACCAAGAUAACAAAGAAAGAUCAAAACAAUAGGAAUGCCGUAGAUCAUUUAACUUGGUUGAGCGGUGUCAGGAUGAACCAUGAUCAAGGAGAUGGCAAUAUUUUGAACAAAGAAAAUUAUGGUAUCGCUUCUGGUUAUACAAAUUUAGGUGAAGAAGUGAGUACUGUGGGCCAUAAGUUUUCUAAAAUAUCGUUUGAAAAGAUUUCUGUAUCAACCGGUGAAUUAAUUCUAACGUUAAAUGGUCCAUGGAAUGAAAGCGCGCCAGAUGAGAUGGUGUUUUUGAGAAUUGAAGUCAAGUUUCCUAAAAAUUAUCCAGCAAAGCUGCAUUUUCCUAGAUUUAAGAUAGAAGAAAAUAGAGAGAUAAAUGAAUCUACAAGGGACGUUAUGUAUCAAAAUUUGAAGAAAAUAGCUUCAAAAUAUACAGACUGUGGUAAAUAUUGUUUAGAACCAUGUUUGCGCUAUUUAAUGGGUGAAAAAAUUGAUUUAACUUCGGUGGAGCAAGUGGAUGAAGGGCUAUUAGAUUUUGAUGUUAUACGGAAACUGGAUUUGGAUGAACAACUCUUAAAUGACGAUAUUGAUGUUUCUCAAGAGUUAAAGCAAAAUACAAAGGAUCUUUUUGAGGAUCAUGAUAACAUUAAAUAUAAUGGUGAAGAAGACGACGACGACGACGACGACGAUGAUGAUGAUGAUGAUAACAAUGACAAUAACGAAUAUGAGCCGCCUGCUUUCUUCGAUGGUGCAGAUACUUUGGAUAAUUCUGGGUCAAUGUUGAAAACAAAGGAUGAUUCAUUUGACAGUACACCAAUACCUAAAGGUUGUAGUGCUGUUUGGACGCCACAAGGUCAAUUAGUUUGUUUCUUCAUGAAAUCCAAUAAGGCUGAAAAAAGACAUAAGGUGGAACAUGAUUUAAUUAAGUUUAGUACUGGAGGGGUUCGUCGUUUUAAGAAGCCCAAAAGUAAAACAAGUCAUAAGGAAAAGCCUAUUAGUCCAAGACCAAAAACUUAUAUUGAAAGUUUAGAAAAAAGGAACGAAAAUAGUAGAAAUGAUAAUGCUGAUAAUGCUAUCAGUACUGGUAAUGAUAGCACUAGUAACAGUGUUAAUUCCAGUAAUGAAGAUGAUAAUGGUGAUGGUGAUAACACACCUAUAACGGCAUACAGUUCUAGCUAUUCUGAUUCGGAAAGUAGCGAAGAUGACUGGGACGAUGUUUUAAACAAUGAUAUUAGCAUUAGAACCAAACUGCAAGUUAUUCCAUUACGGGUUCCAGUGUUGGCAUCCAAUCAUAGUGAAUCGGGGAAAACUAACGAAUCUCUAAAAAUAAAGAACUUUGUCAAGAUAUACGAUUUUUCACACUUAAUACCGGAUAAAGUGGAAUUGGGGGCUGAUUACAGACUAAUGAGUGCUGAUCCUGAAGUUUUAUGUAAAUACAAUUCCACAGUAGCAGAAAAUUAUGGAUAUACUGAUGUGGCCACUGCAUGGAAACUUGUGUCAGAUAUUUUGGUGUCAAGUUCGCGUGAUGUUUUUAAUCAUCAUGAUUGGGCCUUUGAUAGUAGGGGUGGGAAACUAUUCAUUAAAAAUUUAAUGGAGUAUUUUGAAAAAACUAAAAACAUACAAAUGCUAGCAAUGUUAUCGUGUGUACUAGUUACUCCUGGUUUGCCAAAUUGUAUGACCAAAGAAUUAGAUGAUAGUUUUAACUCUGAAACAGAUAUGGUGGAAAGUAUUGUAUCAUAUGAAAAAGAAUAUUAUUUUUAUAGCAAUAUGAAUAAUCAAGCGUUGUCGCCGGGACAAUAUAAAAAUUUUGGUGAAACACAUUCAAUAAAAUCGGAGGAUUAUUUUAACUGUAGAAAUAUUAGUUUAUUGCCACACCAAAACAAUGUUACUAUUAAAAAUAAUCCAGGUAAUAACAAUAAUAAUAAUAAUAAUAAUAACAAUAAUAAUAAUAAUAAUAAUAACAAUAAUAACAAUAAUAACAAUAAUAAUAAUAACAAUAAUAAUGGCUUUACUAAUUUGGAUUCUACGACAAUAUAUUCAAAGCCAGUCGAAACUAUGAUUCCAGACCUUAAGGUGGAAGUGUUGGGUAACGAAAUUUUUGACGAUCAUUCUAAUUUUGGCGGGUACAAUGAUAGUGGAGAGAAAUAUCCUCUGUUAUUAGAUUCAAAAGAUGAAGCCAAAUAUCGUAGUUAUAGACACCAAUAUGCAGAAUUACUAUAUUUUUGGGGCCUCCCUGUACAUAGAGUUAAAAUUUUAAAAUUCAAUAUAAACCAUAACACCGAUUCCUCAUAUCUUCGUUCUAUAGAGUCUAGUGAAAACGGUGAUAUCCAUAAAGGUGUCAUAUCGCAAUGGAUUAAACCUUCAAAUGGUGAUAAGCAACAUAAAAUACCACAUACUUGUGGUUAUUGUAUGCUUAAUGUCAAAAGAAGACUAUUUGUUUGUGGAAACUGUCAACAUGUUAUGCAUGCAAAGUGCUCCGACAAGUGGUGGAAAACUGCACAUGAAUGUCCAACAGGUUGUGGAUUGAAACUCGAAAGGAGGGGAAAAAGCAGGAAAAAAAAAGAAAGGAAAAAGAAGAGAAAAGAAAGGGGGGAAAAAAAAAAAAUGGGAAAGGUUGCAGUUAUUACAGGUACUAAUAGCAAUCUGGGACUUAAUAUUGCCUACAGAUUUUUAGAAAAAGUUGAUUUUCAUGAAGAUGUGACCCUUGUUGUUACAUCACGGACUCUUCCCAGAGUUAGAGAAUGUAUCAAUAUGAUUAAUAGAUAUCAUUCUCAAUUAGAAAGAUCUGGGAUCUUACAAUUUGAUUAUUUAUUGGUUGAUUUCACAGAUAUGGUUUCAGUUUUAAGUGCGUAUUAUGAAUUAAAUAAAAAAUACCAAGAGAUCAAUUAUUUUUUUGUUAAUGCUGCGCAAGGUGUUUAUGAUGGUAUUUCUUGGCUUGGUGCUUGUAAAGAGAUUCUAAGCGACCCAAUCGAGGGCGUUACAAAUCCGCAUUAUAAAAUCCAAAGAAUUGGUGUUAAGACAGAUGAUGGUUUAGGAACUGUUUUUCAGGCAAAUGUAUUUGGUCCAUAUUAUUUAAUUCAAAAAUUAUUGCCACAAUUGGAAAAGGGGAAUGCCGUUAUAGUGUGGAUUUCCAGUCUUAUGAGCGAUCCUAAAUAUUUGGACUUAGAAGACAUGCAAUUGUUGAAAACAGAUGCAUCGUAUGAAGGUUCAAAGCGGUUAGUUGAUUUAUUGCAUUUAGCUACGUACGAAAAUUUGAAAGCUAGAGGAAUAAGACAAUAUUUGGUCCAACCAGGCAUUUUCAUUAGUAAAUCUUUUUUCAAGUUUUUGAAUGUAUUUACUUAUUUUGGUAUGUUAUUUAUUUUCUAUGUGGCAAGAUGGCUGGGUUCUUCUUGGCAUAAUAUAUCGGGUUAUCUUGCUGCUAAUGCGCCGAUAUAUGUUGCUUUAGCUGAUGAGAGUUUAUUAAAGAGACAGGAUAUAAAGUAUGGCUCUGCUUCAACUAGAAACGGUAGGGAAUAUUUGAAAAAUCAAGAAAUUGAUCCAACGGGAAAAGACCAAGUUUUGAAGUACUUUAAAAAUAUGGAAGAUGAAUGGGACCUUAAAUUGAAAGAUCAAAUAAAAAACACUAGAAUUGCUAUGUAA